AUGACAGAGGAUAAAAACGGUGAAACUUUGAAAGAAUUUGAUCCUUUGAACAGAUUGGAACCUUCAACGAAUGGCAACUCGAAUACCGAUGUGGUGUCUAUGAAGGAUGAUGCAGAUACACAAGCGGCAGAAGAAACGAACGCGAACAUUUUCGCCCAGGAUACGGGUGAUGAGGAACCAUUUUAUGACUUUCAAUUGUUUGUUAAACAACUACAAUCACCUGAAGCAGAUCCUCUAGUUAAAUAUACCAAAUCAUUCUUACGCAACUUCUUGGCGCAAAGACUUUUAUGGACGGUCAGUGAGGAAAUUAAACUCAUCAAUAACUUUAAGUCUUUCAUUUACGAUAAAUUCACCCUAUAUGAACCUUUCAAAAGUCUCGACAGUUCUAAAACCAGAAAUGCCCAGGAAGGUAUAGAAAAGCUAAUUAUGGGGAAACUCUAUUUCCGUUGUUUUUCCCCAAGCCUUUAUGAAAGUUUGCAAGUGUCAUUAGAUGAUGAGCAUAUGAAAGAUUUGAACUAUGAUGAUACAUUAUUAGAGAAGAUUGAGCAUUAUAGAUUCAUCAAACCAGUUAUGUUAGAUAUCCCUGAAACUAUGCCGCACGCCAAGCUAAAUAAGUUUGUUCAUUUGGCAAGUACAGAGUUGAGUAAAAUAAAUAGGUUUAAGUCACCUAGGGACAAAAUGGUUUGCGUACUGAAUGCGAGUAAAGUUAUUUUUGGUUUACUGAAACAUACCAAGCUGGAACAAAACGGUGCUGAUACCUUUAUACCUAUUCUAAUUUACUGCAUUUUGAAGGGACAAGUACGAUACCUAGUUUCGAACGUGAACUACAUUGAGAGAUUCAGGUCAUCUGAUUUUAUUCGGGGCGAAGAAGAGUAUUACCUAAGCAGUCUUCAGGCUGCCAUUAACUUCAUUAUGAACUUAACAGAGUCUUCGUUAACUAUUGAAAACCACAAAUGUUUUGAAGAGGAGUAUCAAAAUAAUUCGAAACAAGUAGCAAAAGAAAGAGAGGAAGAGGAGAAGAAAAGAAAGUUAGAAGUACCGGAUGAGCUACAAUCCAACGGUACCUUACUAAAGCCUUUAGAUGAAGUGACCAAUAUCGUGAUUUCUAAAUUCAGUGAAUUGUUUUCGCCUAUUGGAGAACCCACACAAGAAGAGACACUGGAACCUGAACAGAGUAAGAAAGAAGAAGACGUUACUUUUUUGAUCAAGAAAAUCGAAGAGAACGAACGGAAGGACACACUGGAAACGUUACAGAACAUGUUUCCUGACAUGGACCCAAGCCUGAUAGAAGAUGUUUGUAUUGCUAAGAAAUCACGUAUCGGACCUUGUGUUGAUGCUCUACUUUCCUUAUCUGAAUAA